AUGGGAGCCUUUGGGGUAAUAGUAGGGACUUUACAUUACAUGGGACUCUACAUCCAACUUAGUGCCUCCACAAGGCAAGGUGGACAUGCAGAGGUAGAGAACCACAUCUCCGGGAACGCUGUGUUCACAGAGGUCCCCCAUGACAUCACAGCACAGAGUGGCCAGGACGUGGAGAUGGCAUGCUCCUUCCGGGGGGCAGGCCCCUCCUACUCCCUUGAGAUCCAGUGGUGGUAUAUCAGGAACCACAAAGACUGGACAGAGAAACAGCCAUGGACCUCCAAUCAGCUGGGUAAAGCAGAGCAGGACGAGAUGUCAAAGGAUGCUACCAAAAUAAGUGUAGUAAAAGUUGCUGGGAGCAACAUCUCCCACAAGUUGCGUCUGUCCAGCGUGAAGCCGUCUGACGAGGGCACGUACGAGUGCCACGUGAUCGACUUCAGCGACACCGAUAGCAAUGCCCGCCACCACAAGGUGAGGGCCUAUCUGCAGGUGGAGCCAGAGAGCAACCAUAACCCGGCGCUGCGCCACCACGGGGCCAACUUCCAAACCAAGGACACCAAGGUUCUGGCAGGCAGCGGCCACCAGCCGGAGCAUGGCAAGCACUCGCCAGCAGCCCACCACAGCCACCACAAACCAACAGGCACUGGCAGGGAGCUGAGGAAGAGGUCUGCUGAGGAUGACAGCGCUACUGACUGCACUGACAGCUGUCCUCUAGGCCUCACAGCUCACCCAUAA